AUGUUCGUAACUCACAUCAAGGCUGAGCGUAAUGGCGAGAGAGAGGCAGAUGACGAGCGGUCCCCAGAGGUCCCAGUCUCGAAGCGCCUGCUGGCUUCCUCCCUUUGGCGGGUAGAGCACCUGGAGGAGCUUGGCGUAGAUGCUGCGAAGAUCGCGCAUCUGAGCGUGCUCUCGCCUGUAUACCUCGUUUCGAGACGAACGCCACCCCACGUCUCGUUCGUCGUCCGCGGCGCCGAGCCUAUCCGCCCCGAGACCGCUGGUGAAGGCGCAGGGGCAGGCUCGACCGGCUGCGGCGCGAACGACAGCGCGUCGAGGUCAUCGUCGUCCGGCUGGCUGACGGACGCCAUGCUUGCUGCUUGUUUUCGUGUCGGUGGUGAAGACGACGUCAGGACAACCUCGUCACUGUCAUGUUCGGGCUGGGUGGACGUUGGACGUGGAGGUCGUUUAGGCACGCCCGGGUCCGCGUGCACCGCCGCCGAUCACGCGCGCCUACUAUCCACCUAUUCGCCUAUCCCCCCAACCCACGUCAUAGAGAGGCCCGACCCACCGGUCAUCCCCCGAUCCAACGAUACCUACGCAUCGCUUCAUUAUCGAUACCGCUCGUUCCCGACUCUAGCUCAUACCAUGGCCAGUAUGUUCGGCCGUGGUCGCAACGCUCAGGACUAUGACGACGGGCCGGGGUAUCGCCCCCAUGGCCCGGGCCAUCAGCCAACCCGGCCAGUCGACAAGGAAAAGACGGAGGCCGAGCUCAGCCUGAACAUCAAGAAGGCUACGAGUCCGGAGGAGACUGCUCCCAAGCAGAAGCACGUACGAAAGUGCAUCGUCUACACUUGGGACUACCACUCGUCGCUGUCGGUGUGGAAUGGACUGCGUACCCAGCCCAUCCUGACGGACGAAGUGCAGACGUUCAAGGCGCUCAUCCUCGUGCACAAGCUGCUCCAGGAGGGACACCCUGUCACGCUCAAGGAGGCCCACGGUCAGACGGGAUGGAUCGAGACGUGCGGACGCACCGUCGGAGGCGACGGCGUCAAGGGCUACGGCGCCCUGAUCCGCGCGUACACUGCGUUCCUCUUGUCUAAGCUCCGCUUCCACCGCCACCACCCCGAGUUUAACGGACUCUUCGAGUACGAGGAGUACAUCUCGCUCAAGAACAUUGACGACCCGAACGAGGGUUACGAGACGAUCACCGACCUCAUGGCGCUCCAGGACCAGAUCGACUCGUUCCAGAAGCUCAUCUUUGCCCACUUCCGCGGCUCCAACAACAAUGAGUGCCGCAUCUCCGCCCUCGUCCCCCUCGUCAAGGAGAGUUUCGGUAUCUACAAGUUCAUCACGAGCAUGAUGCGCGCCAUGUUCCGCCGUACCGACGCCCCGGACGCCCUCGUUCCUCUCCAGGACCGCUACAACCACCAGCACUACAACCUCCGCCGCUUCUACUAUGAGUGCUCCAACCUCAAGUACCUCACGGGCCUGAUCAAUGUCCCGAAGCUUGGCCAGGAGCCGCCCAACCUCCGCAUCUCGGGACCUGAGGACGGACCCGAGAUUCCUCAGCGACCACAGCGCAAGGAGACGCCCAAGGAGAUCCCGCGGACAGACUCGCCGUCGGCGACGGCCGGCGAGAUUGAGGAGCAGCGCCGCAUGCUGGAGGAGUACGAGCGCAAGCAGAAGGCUCUCGUCGCGCAGCGCGAGGCCGAGGAGAAGAGGCAGGCGGAUGAGAAGGCACGCCAGGAGGCUGAGUUCGCCGAGCUUCAGCGGCAACAGCAGGAGCGCGAGCGUCAGGCUCACGAGCAGCUGAUGCGCGACCAGAUGAACUCGCAGUGGGCGCAGCAGAACCAGCAGAGCGGUCUGCUUGAGCAGCUGCAGCGUGAAAACCUCGCGGCCCGCGGACAGUACGAGCGUGACCAGAUGAUGCUCGAGCAGUACGAGAACCGCUGCAAGGCGCUCGAGAACCAGCUGCAGAUGACGACCAACAACGUCUCGGCGCAGAUGAACGCCAAGGACGAGCUCAUUGCGCAGCUGCAGAAGCAGAUCGAGGUCUGGAAGAACAAGUACGAGGCUCUUGCUAAGCUGUACUCGCAGCUGCGUGGCGAGCACCUCGACCUGCUCAACAAGAGCAAGGGCUUCCAGCUGAAGGCCAACUCGGCACAGGAGGCGAUCGACAAGAUGGAGCGCAUGGAGCGCGACGUUAAGGCCAAGAACCUCGAGCUGGCUGACAUGAUCCGCGAGCGCGACCGCGCCCGGUACGAGCUUGACCGUGCCAAGUCGUCCGCCAAGGAGGACCUGGACCGUGUCAAGCGCGAGCUGCGCUUCGCCAACGAGCGUGCCGAGGACUCGGCCCGCGACAAGAGCUCCGAGGUCUCGCACGUCAUGUCCAAGUACAACCGGCAGAUCAGCGAGCUCGAGGACUCGCUCCGCGGCAAGCAGGUGCAGAUCGACGAGCUCCUCUCCAAGCUCGACAGCAAGGAAGGCGACCUCGCGCGUCAGCUCGACGAGAAGGAGCAGGAGCUUGCCAUUAUGCAGGAAGGCAUGGACCAGACGCUCAAGGAGCUCGGCGAGCUGCGCCUCACGCAGGGCGAGACGACGACGACGUUCGACGCCCAGGUCGACACCCUCAUCCUCGACCACCGCAAGGAGCUCAACGCCAUCAUCGACUCGAUCCUGCAGGCGUGCGUGCAGAAGGUCGACGACGCCAUUUACGAGCUCGAGGCGCCGAUGCAGACCGGCAACACGACCGCGACCCCGCAGUACACGCUGUCCAUGAUCGAGAAGGCCAUGACGAACGCGACCGAGUUUGCGACCACUUUCAACCUGUACUUGAACCGCAAGAGUGGUGGCGGCUACGUCGAUGUAAUCAAGUCGGCCAAUGAGUUUGCCCAGGCCGUCUUCGAGACCCUCCUCGCGACCAAGGGCAUCACGCGCCUGUCCGAGUCGGAUGACGCUAGCGACAAGCUUGUCAAGGUCGCCAAGCUCGCGGGUGAUGUGACGCAGCGCUUCUUCCUGAACCUCCAGUCCUACAAGCUCAUCGGCGGUGGAAACAAGGAGGAGAUUGCCCUGCGCAACAACGCCGAGACCCGCAAUGCCCUGUCCAAGCUGACCGACGCCGUCGAGGCGACCAUCCCCAAAUCCAAGCUCAAGCUUACGGGCGACCUCGGCGACCUCGUCAACCAGGAGAUGGAGAAUGCCGCGCGCGCCAUUUCGGCCGCGACCGAGCGCCUCGCCGCACUCCGCGCCCGGCCGAAGAGCAAGUUCGACAUGCUCGACGUCAGCGUGCACGACUCGAUCCUGGACGCUACGCAGCAGAUUGCGAACGCGAUUGGACGUCUCAUCCAGGCCGCGACCGAGUCGCAGGAAGAGAUUGUGCGCGAGGGCAAGGGCUCGAGCAGUGUGCAGCAGUUCUACAAGCGCAACAACCGCUGGACUGAAGGUCUCAUCAGUGCGGCCAAGGCUGUGGCGUACGCGACCUCGCUGCUGAUCGAGAGCGCCGACGGCGUCAUCUCAGGCACGCACAGCUUCGAGCAGCUGAUUGUUGCGGCCAACGAGGUCGCGGCCGCCACGGCGCAGCUCGUCGCCGCGUCCCGCGUCAAGGCGUCGCUCAUGUCCAAGGCGCAGCAGAACCUCGAGCUCGCGUCCAAGGCGGUCACGGACGCAUGCAAGGCGCUCGUGAAGCAGGUCAAGCUCAUCAGCAACCAGAAGACGGACGACGAGGUCGUGGACUACAAGGCCAUGCCGAGCCACGAGUUCAAGAUCCGCGAGGUCGAGCAGCAGGUCGAGAUCCUCAAGCUCGAGAAGGACCUCGGUGCCGCCCGAAGGCGUCUCGGAGAGAUGCGCCGCGCGGGCUACCACGACGUGUCGGACGAGGAGUAG